AUGAUGCUCAGCUACUUGAUUGUGGCUUGGAGUGAGAGGGGUCCUAUUGCAAGAAACAUAACUGCUGAAUUUAAACAAUCUAGUUAUGAGUGUAUGUAUGAGGAGGAUGAAGAGCAUGAGGAGGAUGAGGGUGAUGAAGGUACUAUUCCUGAGCCUAUGCAUGUGGAGGAAGCUAGUGAUGAAUGCACUAUUCUUGAGGGUACAAAUGUGGUUGAGGAUAGGCAUGAAGGAACUGUUCCUGAGGGUAUAAAUGUGGAUGAGGAAGAUGAUAAAGGUACUGUUCCGGAUGGUAUAAAUGUGGAGGAUGAGAUUAUAUGA